AAAAAGAAAAAGAAAAAGAAAAAAGAGGUAGAGAAUAUUAAUACAACAUUCUCUUCUAUGGUUCUUUUUUCUAUUAUAUAUUUCUAUUAUAAUUUUCCGAUCAUUUUUCAAUAAAAAACACCAUACAAAACUUCUUCCUCUUUUUAAAAUGUCAAAUAGCCAAGAUGAGUCUCUUAUUUCAGCCAUAAAGACAUUACACGAUCGUUAUUCUUUUAUUCUUGAGAAAUGUCAACAAUGGGAUAAACAGAGACCCAUCCUUGGUUUAUACAGGUACACAAACUCACUUACUGCCGAAAAACACUUUAUAGAAAAGUUAUUACAAGAGCCGACCUUGAUCAAAAAGGAACACGUUCAGAGUACAAAUCUCGGUUAUUUAGAACCAGUCUAUGAAGCAUUAGAAUCUAUUGAAUGUAAGAAUGAAGUGAUGAAAAUUAUCGGUGUACCUUUACCCAAUCAAGACAUGUGGUUGUCUCAAGUUGCCUUGAUCAAACGCAAGAGUGUAAAAGUAGAUAUUAUAGCUCAGAAUGGCCUUGUAUGGAUCAAGGUGAUUGCCCGCAAUGCUAAAGCGUUUAGACAUGAGGUGAUGGGCUUAGAACAGGAAGGAGACGAUGAUUAUUGUAGUGAUGAUGAUGAUAUAAAGGAAUCAUCAGCCAGUGAUUUUGACAGCUUACCCAUCUUCCAGAAGGCUCGCAAUUAUCUGAUGGCAGCAAAGGCCUGUCACGUCCAUUACCAUACACCUAUAGUCGUAUUUGCAUUUAUGCGCAUUCGACCUCAAGAAGACGUGUUUGUUCAAAGGAUCAUGGACAGAUUGACAGAGAUGGGUAUCGUUGUCCAUCUACAGACACCAGAUAAUGAUCUACAAGCGACAUAUAUGCCCUUGUUAAAAGGAAUCGACGUGACCAACCCAUCGACCGAAAAGUUGAACUUGGAUGUAAGCAGUAUCUUUGCUCUCAUCUCUGAACUUUCUCAUCAUUCUUGUUCACCAGAUGAUAUAUCUGCAAUUCCAAUCAAGGUGCAAGCAGAGAGAGAGGCAUCUGUAAGGUGUUUGCCUCAGCUGAAGCGGAUCGUGGAAGGCAAAGAAUUAUACAUGGUUCAAACCGCAUAUGAUCGAUUGAAGAGUAUAAUAGAUGUCGUGGGUGGACCGAAUGAAAUAGCCAGGUUUCAAUAUUUGUUUAGGCACUCAUUAGGUCAUCCUGACACACCUUUUGAUCAAGACCUUUGGACCAUGCUUCCGCCACUUGAGGUACACAUCAUCCAGGAUGCGCCUUCAACCGAAUUCUUUCAGUUACUCGAACUCCCUCCACAAAAGUCUAAAUUAAAUAAUGGAAGAAAAAUUCGUACUCGGUUUUCCGAGUUUCAUGCUAUCGUGUUUGGAAGUGGUCACUAUUAUCAAAUGACCACAUUGACGGCUAUUCAGUGGAUGGAAAAAGCAUUAGCGGAUGCUGGUGUUUUGGGAACAUUUAUUAUCUGUCAUGAACCGAGAUCACUUGCUGAGCAAAAGAUGAUCAAAAAAUAAAAAAAAGAAGGUAUAUUUCAAUAACGUUUAUGCUUGUAUUUAUGCUGUACAAAAGUAAGUGAAUGAAUGAAAGAUAUAAAGAGAAAAGGAGGGUAUAUGUUGUAUAUAUAUAUGUGGGAUAUAAAGAAACUAGAUGGUUAACAAAAGGCCUUGUUCUACUUCGUUAUCAGAUAAGCAUUCGUCAUGUUUAAUAUCUUUAUCUAAUGCCCAUUAUGUGGGAUGAACGCCAUUCCGAGUACAGGUUGACUAAUGCCACAAAUUAAUUUUUAUAUCAUGAUUGCGUUUAUUGAAUUGCUGUUAGUCUUAAUCUUCAUUGUGAGUAUGUUGCAGGUCUGUAGAUAUUAUUACAGAAGCAAAGAAUGAAGAGGUUUUGUUACGCUUAAUAUAAUUAUUAUAUUAAGCGUAUAUAUAUCCCUUAUGUCCCAAGUGUUAUACACUCUUUCCGGAAAGUA